GCAUUCCCUCACAUUCCACUUGACAGAUCUGCGCGCUGAAGCUGCUGCUCCUGUAGCCUAGUGAGUGCAAUAGCUACUGACAUUUCUCCUCAGUGCUUGAGGAGGAUUCAUCACAAGAACACAAUGCAGGAGGAUGGCAAGUUGGGGGAUGGCAGUCUGCUGGGUGAUGCCAAUGGGCUGGAGCCUGGCACAGGCCGACAGAAGGAGAGUGGCAAAUGGCAGAGGCCUCGCUUCACACGGAAAGCCCUCAUGAGGUGUUGUCUGGUCAAAUGGAUCAUCGCCAGCACCGGACCCAAAGAGCAAGACAGCAGUGAAAGUGACCUAGAGCUGUCCACGGUGAGACAUCAGCCUGAGGGUCUGGAGCAGCUGCAGGCUCAGACCAAAUUCACCAAGAAGGAGCUGCAGUCCCUUUAUCGGGGCUUCAAAAAUGAGUGCCCAAGUGGUUUGGUUGAUGAGGAAACUUUCAAGACCAUCUACUCUCAGUUCUUUCCCCAAGGGGAUGCCACCACAUACGCCCAUUUCCUGUUUAAUGCAUUUGAUCUUGACAGAAAUGGCUCCAUUCGUUUUGAGGACUUUGUGAUUGGUCUGUCCGUGUUGCUGAGAGGAUCUGUCACCGAAAAGCUCAACUGGGCUUUCAACCUUUACGACAUCAACAAGGAUGGUUACAUCACUAAAGAGGAGAUGCUGUUAAUCAUGAAGUCAAUCUACGACAUGAUGGGCAGGUACACAUACCCCAGUGUGCGAGAUGAAGCUCCAUCUGAACAUGUGGAAAAAUUCUUCCAGAAAAUGGACAGAAAUCGAGAUGGUGUGGUCACCAUUGAGGAGUUUAUUGAGACCUGUCAGAAAGACGAAAACAUCAUGAACUCCAUGCAGCUCUUUGAAAAUGUGAUAUAGGACGGGUUUGGAGCAAUCUAAAGCUAAUACAGCCCUCAAUAUCCCAAACCAGUUCUCUCCACAUGUCUAUAUACCAAACUAGCACAGCAGUCACUCUCUGUCUUGUCCUGUAGCACUACUCCCAUGCCUGCUGCACUCCGUAGAAACCUAUAUAGACCAACACAUAGCCUACGGUAUGGCUUCACAGUUUGUACUUCACAGCAGGACUACUUUUAAUAAGAAAAGCCUGGACGGCUGGGAUCCUUCCUGUUGCUAAAUACUGGCGACCAUGUGGUGGAACAUUCUGAUCUGCAUAAAGUGGCAUUUUGCAUCACUGGUUGAUGGAUUCCAAUGGAGUCUCCAACACUUCGGACUGCUUUCUUCUGCCUUAUGAAUGAGGGACAUUACAAGACUCAAUCUUUACCUUCCAAGACACCAUAGUUUGAAGGAGAGUAAAGCAACUAUGGAUUUCAAGGGACCCAAAGGAGCGUCUAGCACCAAUGACGAUUUGAAGCACACGAGACUACACGUAAUACUCACCAAAAGAACAAAAUAAAUGUGAUGAAGAACGACCUGAAGCAUGCCUGUCCAGAUAUGUGAGAUAUUUGUGAUUUUCUUGCAUGGAGACUGACAAACGUUGUACAUUUUCUUCCUUGUAAGCCAGUAGGUCCCACAGAAAACUGUAAGCAAACUAAAGCAACUGUAUGCGUGGAGUUAGAUAGUGUGCCAGUGUGUAUAAGUUCUGCUCAAACCUGUAUUGCACAUGUCAGUGGGGCCAGGAUAAUUUGUUUGGUCACAUUUGAUUCUUGCACAGCAAUGGGGUAUAUAUGAAUUAUAUUUACAGUAUAGGCAAUUUAGAAGUAUUGGAAUAGGUGUUUUAUUUUCAGGAAUGUAUUUAUUUGUCAGGCAGUGUUUAAUGGAAUGCAGGGUUUGGACAUGAACGGACAUGUCCAGGUUAUUAAAAAUGUGAUUUACAAAUGUUAUUAUGCUUAUUUU